AUGGGUGGAUUCAAUCUGUUCAUAUGCGUGUUCUCACUUUUUGUGGGUAGUUUCUUCUUCUCGGACUUGGCUUCUGCUCAACUCAGACAGAAUUACUAUGCAAAUAUCUGUCCUAACGUCGAAAACAUUGUCAAAAACGUUGUUAAACAGAAAUUCCAACAAACGUUUGUUACUGUUCCAGCUACCAUUCGUCUCUUCUUCCAUGAUUGCAUGGUCCAGGGCUGUGAUGCAUCAAUUGUAGUAGCAUCGACUCCAGGCAACACAGCAGAAAAAGAUCAUCCGGAUAAUCUUUCACUGGCUGGAGAUGGAUUUGAUACUGUAAUCAAAGCUAAAGCAGCUGUGGAUGCUGUUCCAAGUUGCAAGAAUAAAGUUUCUUGUGCUGAUAUUCUAGCAAUUGCAACUCGAGACGUCAUUGUCCUGGCCGGUGGACCUUCAUAUGCUGUUGAACUGGGGAGGUUGGAUGGGCUAAGUUCAACCGCUGCAAGUGUAAAUCUGCCCAAACCAAGCUUCAAUUUAAAUCAGCUUAAUUCCAUGUUUGCUUCUAAAGGCCUAUCACAGACUGACAUGAUUGCUCUCUCAGCUGCCCACACUGUAGGAUUCUCACACUGUGACAAGUUCUCAAACCGGAUCUACAGCUUCAGUAGCCGGAAUCCGAUAGACCCGACCCUGGACAAGCAAUAUGCGGCCCAAUUACAGUCCAUGUGCCCAAAAAAUGUGGACCCAAGGAUAGCUGUAAACAUGGAUCCAAACACCCCCAGAAAAUUUGAUAAUGUGUACUUUCAAAAUCUUCAGCAAGGCAAGGGCCUCUUCACUUCGGACCAAGUUCUGUUCACAGACUCGAGAUCUAAACCUAAUGUUAAUUUAUGGGCCAAAAACAGUCAGGCCUUUGAAAAGGCAUUUGUCGAGGCCAUUACCAAAAUGGGCCGGAUCGGAGUGAAGACGGGGACGAAUGGGAAUAUUAGGUUUGACUGCGGAAAAUUUAAUUAA